CUGAAAAACAAAUUGCGAGGAAACUUGUGCAUCAACAAUACGAACGCCCUUGUGAACGCGAUGAAUCACAGGGACUUCAAACUAGAUGAUUUCAUUCACAACGAAGACGACACCAUUAGUAAUAAAUCGUACGGCAGCCAUAAAAAUCGUUCGUUCAAAGAGAGUCACAAAGGCAGUAUAGACUCUUUAGACGGUGAGGAGAAGAAGGAUGCGAGCAAAGAAGACCUAGAAGAUGAGUUGGACGACGAGGACGAUGAGGGUGACGAGGACGAGGAGGAAGAGGACGAGGGCGAGGGGGGUAUACCCGGGGGUGUGAUAAGAACGGACGAGGAGCUGGACGACUACCCGGCCGAUUGUUGUCCGGACAAUUGUUACAAGCGCUUCCCGUUCCUCGCCGGCGACGACGACGCCCCGUUUUGGCAGAGCUGGGCAAACCUCAGGCUCAAGACUUUCCAGCUCAUCGAGAACAAGUACUUCGAAACCGCCGUCAUUAUCAUGAUUCUCACUAGCAGUUUGGCUCUC